CAUCGAGGGGUCGGUAUAUUUCCGACGUGUUCGACAGAACCCAGCAGAUACGAUGCUGAUCGUCUUAGUGAAUUUCAAAUAAAGAAGGAAGUUGAUACAUUUGCUUACAAUUUCGAUACGUAUCCAUUUCCCGAAUUUUGCGACGAUGAGAGUAAGUUUCUCAAGCGUCGUGGACCUCGAACGACCAUAAAGCAGAAUCAGCUCGACGUAUUGAAUCGAAUUUUCUCGUCAACCCCGAAGCCGUCGAAGCAUGCUCGGGCGAAAUUAGCUCUCGAAACGGGGCUCAGUAUGAGGGUAAUUCAGGUGUGGUUUCAAAAUCGUCGCAGUAAAGAACGUCGAUUAAAGCAUCUGUGCAACUACCUACGGCAUUACGAGCAACGUGGCCUUCUACCUCCACCGAUUCAGUUCCCGACUAAUGCAGCAUCGUUUACUCAGUACUUGAACGGCAUAGAGGGUCAAUUCGAUGAGGACGAUGAGGAGGACUGA